UUGCAAAUUAUUUAAAAUAUAAAAAUAUAAUUUUCCACAGAGAGAAUUUAUCAAAAUAGAAAACAAAUGAAGUUUGAAGUUUAAAAAUAAUAGGAUCGACCACUCACGACUAGAUAGCGCGGACGCGCGAACUUUCGAGUAAUAGAUAGAUAGAUAGAUAGAUAGAUAGAGAGACAGACAGACAGACAUAUAGCUCGCUCCGGCCAGUCAUGGUAUUAGCUGUCAGUCGCCAAAGAAUCGACAGGCAUGCAGGCAGACAGACAGAUACUUCACUAGCAGGCAGCACUUUCACUUCUGACAGCUAAUAGCAUGAUAGUGCCAAAGAAGUAUAUAAAACAUGUUGGUUAACAAAUUUCGUUGAACGAGUACCAUCCGCUUUAUGGCAUCUACCCAAGCCGUGUACGAUCUUUUCGGAUCGCGCUGUUCUGUUAUACAUACACACACACAUACCCGCAUAUACGUACACACAUACAUACAUACAGGCGUAUAAAACAAAUGUCACUUCUACGCAUGCGCCAUAAGAGAACGGACUCCAAUUCCGUUCUUUUUUUGUCUCAUGUCUGAUAUUUCUCAUAUCUCUGAUGCGGUUGUAUCCAUAUUCUCCUUUAUAAGACAUUUCUUCAUUUUGCACUGCGGCCAUGCUGGAGCACCGCCUUGAAGGAUUUAGUCGAACAAAUUGACUCUAGGACUUAUUUUAUAAAACCUGAUACUUAUUCUGUCGGAAAAUGUUGCCGAACCGCUAUGUUACGGGGACGUAAACACGCUAACGCUGGUUGCCGAGCAGUGGUGGGGGACGAACACUGACACAAAGGCAUACACCCACACAGUAAUAUAAAUAUAUAUACGACGGGCUUCUUUCAGUUUCCGUCUACCAAAUCAACUCGGAAGACUUUGGUCGGCCCCAGGCUAUAAAAGAAGAUACUUGCCCAAGGUGCCAUGCAGUGGGACUGAACGCGCGACGAUGUGGUUGGGAAGCAGGCUUCUUACCGCAAAGCCACCCUGAAACUAAUUUACACAAGAAUAAGCUUAUCAAAUGACAUUUGUGAUUCAAGGAUUGCUUACAUGAGAUAUAUCAUCAGUAUUUAACAUCUUUUGAAGAUUAAAAGAAAAUGUUUUACAGAAAUGAUAUGAUCCAGAUUAUAUAAACCUGUGAUGAAUUACAGUAAAAUAUUUCAUUUGAACAGAGGUGAAUAGCAACAUUUUUCUUGCAACAUUUAGAUGAUACAUUAAGCUUGGACACAUUAGCGAAGAAGUUUUUAGCUGCUUCGAAUAUCAACAAAGAUCAGAGAUGAUGGGAGUAUAGUUGUAGAAAUAUUUGUUAAAAAUAAAUGUAUAACUGAAAAGAAAAAAAAAAAUUAAAGAUCUCUGUUAUAAUGAAAGUAGAAAAAUUAUGGAACAUACGUUAUGUGAGAAGAAAGAUGAAUUUAAAACACAAUGUAAAACUAUUAAUUUUCCUGAUGAUAUAAAGAAAGAGAAAAAGAAAACACCUUAUCAAUGUGACAUCUGUGGUAAAUCGUUCUCUGACAAAUGGCUUCUCACUAAUCACAAACGUAUUCACACAGGAGAGAAACCAUAUCACUGUGAUAUUUGUGGUAAAUCAUUCUCUCAAAGUAGUUACUUAAUUGUUCAUGUACGCAUCCACACUGGAGAGAAACCAUAUCACUGUGAUAUCUGUAGUAAAUCAUUCUCUGAUAAAGGAGCUCUCACUAAUCACAAACGUAUUCAUACAGGAGAGAGACCACAUCAUUGCGAUAUCUGUGGUAAAUCAUUCUCCCAAAGGAGCAACUUAAUUGUCCACAUACGUAUUCAUACAGGAGAGAAGCCAUUUCACUGUGAUAUCUGUGGUAAAUCUUUCUCUGUAGGAAGUAGCUUGACUAAACACAAACGCAUUCAUACAGGAGAGAAACCAUAUCACUGUGAUGUCUGUGAUAAGUCUUUUUCUGGAAGUAGUGAUUUGACUCUUCAUAAACGCUUUCACACAGGUGACAAGCCAUAUCAGUGUGAUAUCUGUGGUAAAUCAUUCUCACAAAAUACACACUUAACUGAACAUAGACGUAUUCACACUGGAGAAAAACCGUAUCAAUGUGAUAUCUGUGGUAAAUCAUUCUCUGAAAGUAGUCCCUUAACUCUUCAUAAACGCAUUCACACAGGGGAGAAACCAUAUCACUGUGAUAUCUGUGGUAAAUCAUUCUCCCGAAGUAGUGAAUUAUCUAGUCACAAACGUAUUCAUACAGGAGAGAAACUAUAUCUCUGUGAUAUUUGUGGUAAAUCUUUCUCUCACUCAAAUACCUUAACUACUCACAAAUAUAUUCAUACUGGAGAGAGACCCUAUCACUGUGAUAUCUGUGGUAAAUCAUCCUCAACAUCUGGUCAAUUUGCUAUUCAUAAACGUCUCCAUACAGGUGAGAAACCAUAUAACUGUAAUAUCUGUGGUAAAUCAUUCUCCAAGUCUGCUCAAUUCGCUAUGCACAAGUGUAUUCAUACAGAAGAAAAACCAUAUCACUGACAACUGUGGUAAAUACUUCUCUAAAGAAGGCCACUUAAUUACACAUACAUGUAUUAAUACAGAGUAGUGACUGUAUCAUUGUCAAUGUCCAUCAUCUUCAUCUAACAUCUGUUUUCCAUGCUGGCAUGGGAUGGACGGCUUGAAAAGAACUGGCAAGAUCAGGGGCUGCACCAAGCUGCAUAGUCUAUUUUAGUUUGGUUUCUAUGGCUGCUGCAAAGUGGUUAACAUUAGCAUGAGCAUUGGUGCCACAUAAAAAGCAUCCAUGCCAGUGCUGCAUAAAAGCAUCCAGUACAUUCUGUGAAGUGGUUGGUGUUAGGAAGGGCAUCAAGCUGUAGAAACCAUGCCAAGACAGACAUGGCAUGUGAACAGCCCUUCAGCUGGUCAACUGUAAAACCGUCCAACUCAUGCCAGCAUGGAAAAUAGAUGUUAAAUAAUGAUGAUGAUCAUCAUCAUCAUUAUCAUCCUCCUAUCAGAAAAUCUCUGCAAAAGCUGACAGUGCAGCCUGGCGUAGUGCUGUGGCUCACCUGAUCCUGUCAAACAGUCCAGCCCUUACCAGCAUGGAAAACGGGCAUCAGAUUGAUGACGAUAUAGUACUUAUAAAAUACCAAGGUUAAAAAUAUUAAUCUUAAUCAGCAAUUCAUUAAAAUCCAUCUCAUAAGAUAAACAUGGUAUAUAACCAUAAGCAUGGCUCAGUGGUUAGGGCAUUGAGCUUACAAUUGUGAGGUUGUGAGUUCAAUUCCUGAACAGACUGUGUAUUGUGUUAUUGAAGAAGAUAUUUUAUUUCACGUUGCUCCAGUUUUACUUAGCUGUAGCAAUGAGUUGUUGCAUCACCGGUGCCUAGUUGUAUCAGCCUUUGCUUUUCUUUUUGACAACAUCAGUGGCGUGGAAAGGGGAGAUGGGUGAUGGUUUUCCACAAAUAACUUUGCCUGGACUUGUGCCUUGGAGGGGAACUUUCUAUGUGCAAUCCCAUGGUCAUUUUUGACUAAAGGGGGGAUCUUUACUAACCAUAAAACCCUUUCUUUUAAUGUUUAAUUUAUCUCCCAGCAUAAAACUACCUUUGCUUCUAGGGGAUCUUAUUCAUGCCAGAUGCACAGUAACUUUGCUAGUGCUGAUGUCAUGAACGGAGCACCCAGCUGAAGACAUUGGCACUUAAAGCAGUCAUUGGACUUGUCAGAUCCUGUCAAAUUGUCCAACGCGUACCACUAUGGAAGAUCAAUGUUAAGAGACAGAGAUUCUGAAGAAUUGAUUCUGGAAAGAAGAUAUAACAGUGUAUGAUAUUAAUCUCCCAAUAUAUUUUCUAUAACUGUAUCUGUAUUGGUGAGAUAACUUCUGUAAUAUUUCUAAUAAAAUAAUUUCUUUAACAUAUUUAUAUAUAUAUAUUUCAUGUUAGAUAUUUUCUGAAGAGAGAAGAGAUGCCAUUGGUUUCAUUGACAUUGUGAAUACAAUAAAGGAUAACAUCACUGUACAGUUAUUGUGUUGGAAAUAAACAGUUAGAGACUCUGUUGUAUUCUGAUUAUA